UAAACAACAGUGAAAUUGAAUAGAAAGAUAUUUAAAGAUAAUUAGUAAAAGAAAAUUAAAGAUUUAAAAUAAAAAUAUUUUGUAUUAAUAUUACUCAUACGCAACAUGGUGCUAAGUGAAGAUAUUGAACAAUUAAAGUUACAAGAACAACAAUCUCUAAAAUCGGAAACUAACUGUGAUAAUAAUAAUUAUGAAGAUUGUAAUACUGAUAUAGAAGAAGUUAAUGUUCAUUUAAAAGUGCCCGAUUUGGUUAAACUUCAUCCGAAUAUAGAAAAACUUAAACAGGAAGAGGGCAUUCAUGAGGCACAACGUAAAAAAGAGGAAAAUACUAAAAAUGCUAGAGAUUUAGAAAAUUCUGAAACUGCCCAAAUUAUCGAAGAGAUAAUUGAGGGUAUUUCUUUGCAAGGCAGACGCGGUACAUUAGUACGCACCAUAUCAGCUGUUUUAAGCCACCGUGAACAGGAGCAACGUAAUGCCGAAGAUGUUUUAUUCGAUAUGUUCUAUAAUGAGGAGACGGGUCUCAUAUCCAUGGGCAAAUUCUUGGCUGCCCUUAAGACCACCGGUAUUAGAAGGUCUGAUCCCCGUAUUAAGGAGCUUAUGGAUAACUUAAAGAAAGUACAUAAAUUAACCAACUAUGAAUCGGGUUCGUCUGCUGAAACACAUCUUAAUAGGGAGACCUUUAAAGCUGUGGUGGCCCAAAAUAUUGUCUUGAUUGCCAAGGCUUUCCGUCAACAAUUCGUUAUACCCGACUUUGUGGGUUUCGUCAAGGAUGUGGAGGAUAUUUAUUGGAAAUGCAAAAGUAAUACCGAUGGCAAAGUGGCCGAUUAUAUUCCUCAAUUGGCCCGCUAUAGUCCCGAGUCCUGGGGUGUUAGUAUUUGCACCAUAGAUGGUCAACGUUAUUCUAUAGGCGAUGUUGAAGUUCCCUUCACUCUACAAAGUUGCAGCAAACCUUUGACUUAUGCCAUUGCCUUGGAGAAGUUGGGCGCCAAAGUUGUGCACUCGUAUGUGGGUCAAGAGCCUAGUGGUCGUAAUUUCAAUGAAUUGAUUUUGGAUUAUAAUAAUAAACCCCAUAAUCCCAUGAUUAAUGCUGGUGCCAUUUUAACCUGUUCCUUAAUUCAUGCUUUAAUCAAACCCGAAAUGACUCAGGCGGAAAAGUUCGAUUAUGUUAUGUCGUGGUUUAAACGUUUGUCCGGUGGCGAUAAUAUUGGCUUUAAUAAUGCUGUCUUCUUGUCGGAACGUGAAGCUGCCGAUCGUAAUUAUGCUUUGGGUUUCUAUAUGCGUGAAAAUAAAUGCUAUCCAAAACGCACAAAUCUGAAGGAGUGUAUGGACUUUUAUUUCCAGUGCUGUUCCAUGGAGACUACCUGUGAAGCCAUGUCCGUAAUUGCUGCCACCCUAGCUAAUGGUGGUAUUUGUCCCACCACUGAAGAAAAAGUAUUCCAACCCGAAGUUGUACGUGAUGUACUUUCCAUUAUGCACUCGUGCGGCACCUACGAUUAUUCCGGUCAAUUUGCCUUCAAGGUGGGUUUGCCGGCCAAGUCUGGUGUUAGUGGUGGCAUGAUGUUGGUUAUUCCUAAUGUUAUGGGUAUUUUUGCCUGGUCACCACCACUCGAUCAAUUGGGCAACUCUGUUAGAGGUGUACAAUUCUGUGAGGAAUUGGUUAAUGUUUUCAAUUUCCAUCGUUAUGAUAAUUUAAAACAUGCUUCGAAUAAGAAAGAUCCACGUAAACAUCGUUACGAAACGAAAGGUUUAUCUAUAGUCAAUUUAUUGUUUUCGGCGGCUAGUGGUGAUGUUACCGCUUUACGUAGACAUAGAUUGUCGGGUAUGGAUAUAACUUUAGCCGAUUAUGAUGGUCGUACCGCUUUGCAUUUAGCCGCUUCUGAGGGACAUUUGGAUUGUGUAAAAUUCUUGUUGGAACAAUGUCAUGUUCCUCACAAUCCCAAGGAUCGUUGGGGUAAUAUGCCUGUAGAUGAGGCCGAAAAUUUUGGUCAUCAAAAUGUUGUGGACUAUUUGAAACAGUGGGCGGAGAAGGCUCAAAGUACAGAAGAGGCCAAGAACGAGGCAGUUGUAACAAAAACCGAGGCGGAUGAGGAACUUAUAACCGAUGAAAUCGAUCCCGCUUAUGAUCGCAGUGCUACCGCUAGUCCUAUGCCCUCCGAAGGUAGCUCCAGCAGUGGUCCCGAUGAUACUACCCGUCCUGGCUUGUAAAGACUUGUUUUACAACACAGUUAGUUUAAACAUAGAGACAUUUUGUGAGAAAAGGAAUCUCUGACUAGAUUAUUUAAUAAUAUGCUUUAAUUUUUUUUUAUAUUCAUAUUUUAUAAUUUAAAAACGUAACUAGUUUAGAAAUUAUUUGCCUAAAAACUUUUCCUUGUUUUUAGCUUUAAGCUUUAACAGAAUUUAAACAAAAAAA